AAACAUGGCGACGUAGCAACAGGUGGUGUCGGACUUCUACUGUCAACGUCUUGGAAUAAUCGCCGGACAAUGCACUUGACAUUUCCCAAACGGAAGGGUUACUACACCUGGGAGGAGUUACGAUGCCUCGCCAGGGCCCUCGGUUACCAGGUGGACGUUUUCGAGCGGGUGAUUCCGGACUUUGCCGAGGGAGAGGCCGGAGUGAGUUUCCGACAGGUUUCUCGGUUGAUGGAACUGAACUUCUUCAACGAGGCUUUCCACCUGACGUAUAACCUCCACACGGCACACUACAACUGUCAGCUCAUCAAGAAAUGUCUGGUCCUUUUGGAUCACCGCUUUCUCAACUUUCAGGAGAUCCACGAAAUACGGGUGGCAUACGUAGCCUACGAACACCACGAUAUGCACGGAAUGAUAAUAAACGAAAAGGCGUUGUUACGUACACUGAAGAUGUGCGGCCGCACGGUGGCGCCCCUGAAACUCAUGCACAGAGUUAAACACCUGAAGGAAAACUACGAAGCCAAGGGACGCAUUCAGAUCUACGAGUUCAUGGAUCUACUCAUCCUCUGCAAGAUGUGGGACGACGUCAACGUCAAAGACACUCGCGUCAAAGGACCAGACAAGAACUGGCGAAGACUCUACCAAAUGGACAAGGUGAAAGAAGUCUUCCACACCUACGACGAAAAAGUCUUCGAACUUCUGAACAAGGAAUUCGAAGCAACGGAGCUAAAUUACGGAGAUGUGAGUUUCGGUGACAGAAAACAGUUCCGGGAAAAUCCUGUCGACAAAGAAAAGAACACAGAACAGUUUAAGACUCAUACUACAACGUACAAGCGGCUUCAGAAAAUUAUAGAUAGCACCACACAACAAGUGAUACAAGCGCGAGCUCACGGUAUAGCAAAGAACAAGGACAGGCCGACAUCUGCCUCGCAAUUGGAUGAACAGUUAAUUGAAUCAUCUCCUGAAAGAGACCAAUCUCCAAGUGGUUUGGGAAGGAGAGCGUCAGACAAAGGGGUUGAAAGGGGGAACCAAAAUAAUCAGUACCACGAUAGAUCCAAACGUAUGUCGGCAAUCUCUGCGCGAAGUAGCGUGUCGUACGCGUCGGGGUCCCGCGGACACAUAGCCCGGUCUCUCGGGAGAAAAAGCAGGGCUACCACGGCGACGUCCCGGCGGCAGUCCUCGGUGGGGAAGAUCACGGAGUCCGACUGGACGCUGGUCGUGCCUGUCCCGAAGUUGAAGACUCCGGACUACAAGAGACCGAAAACGGCCACCCUGGUGACAAGGGACGACCUGGAGAGGCAAAAUGACGAGCUGAAAAAGCUGCAGUACAAUCUAGAAACUUUGGAAGUGAAAACGAAGGUCCACCUAGACGAAGACAUCGACAUCGCACUGGGGAAGGGUUUCCGGAUCCGGUCGGCGAAGCGAAAGGCCGAAGCCGAGAGGAACCGUCCGCCGGAACCCAAGCCUCCGCGCCCGCCGCGGUCUCCAGUCCCGUCCCCGGAAUCCCUCCGUAGACUGUCCAGUCCCAGACCUAGGACUCCGAAAGGACACUCCAAUCUCUGCGACGCUGUAAAGCUAGGAAUCGCUCCAACAGAUGAUUCUCGUAGUGAAAAAUCGGGCAAGAAAGGACGAAAGAAGAAGAAGAAAAAGUCGGGCAAAAAGAAAACCAAGGGGCACCAGUUUUCGUUCACCGUGGGUAGAUCUCGUAUGAUGAGCGCUUGGGACGAUGAUGAGACAAGCACUGAUACCGAAGAUGCCUCAACGUUUUCCAGCGUGACCGAGGAUAGGGUUCCGACCCAAGGGGAGAAACCAUCCAUCCUCAAAGACAUUCUCUACGGAGUUGAUGGCGAAGAAAUAGUUGACGAUGACGUCCAAGAGUCGUAUCGAAGCGUCAGUGGAUCGACGCCUGUAACGCCAUCUAGCGAGUUUACAGAACAUGACAGAACCGUAGUGACCCCACCUGAGUUCCCGCCAAAACCUCCUCCUCCUCCCCCGCCCCCAACCUCCGUCUCGUCUGCGGUCAAAAAUAAACCGCGGGAAAAGAAGGUCCACGAGCCUAAGAGAAAGGUUGACUCCCCCGGUAAGGGUCUCGGUCAAAGACAGCUUUCUACCAUCCUGGAGUCGACGCUACAAAGAGAAGAAGAAGAAACUGGCUCAGACGAAGAGGACAGUGACAAAAGAAUGUGGAAAGAAUGGAUGAAAUACGAGCAAGGAGAAGACGACAUGACAGAAGAAGAGGAGGAAGAAGAUGAGCGCGUAGAGGAGACGAAAAAAGGCAGUAGGAGGAGCAGUCGAGUUCGCUCGGUGUCUAUCGUGACAGAAGAACAAGGCGAAGACGAAGAUUUCUGGAAGGACAUCACCAGUGAAACUGUCGUCCAAGCAGUCGUGAAAAACAUCAAGAUGGAAGAGGCGGCGGUUGAACAGAAGUUUUCCCCCAGCCUGACCCGGCUGGAGAAACUGCAGAUGGAAUACCACGCGAGGACGCGACCGGCCAAACCCACCAUAGUACAGGCACGGCGAUUGGUCGGCAGAGUAAGAGAAGAGGCGUCCAAAGGGUUGAAGAGGGCUCUGCUACGUCCUCUGUCAUAGGAUA